AUGGCUGCAAAUUUCAAUGUGGACUUCGUUCUAUCCUUUAAUCAUGAAUGCUUGAGCAAAACUCAAGCCGAAGCCACGUUAAGGAAACUUGUUAAUGCUCUUGCUGGAGCUGGACUAGCUACGCAGGUUCGAAAUGGAGAUAUACACACCAUCUUUUUGCUUGUCAAGGUAUCAACCACGCUUCAAUUGCAUGAGAAAAUCUACAGGUCUAGGUUGCGGGACUGGUUAUACGGUGUGAGCACCUCACCGCCUCCGAAGGAAAUGCAAAAAAAUCUAAAAGAGCACCCGAUCACAGAAGCUGAACGUCUUCGUCUAGUAUACUCCCUUAUUAUCGGUCCAAAGAAAGAGGGGGGGGCCGCCAUCACACCCAGGCGCGGGGAAUGGGAAAAUAUUCACUCUAUAUUUCGGCUACACGACCAGGCUUACAACAGGUUAUGGAUCAAGAAACUAAGUUCUAAAUACUUUCUGACCUCUGACGAUCUAUCUGAAAUCAAAGGCAGAUUUGGUGAGAAGAUAGCAUUCUAUUUUGCUUUUUUGCAGUCCUAUUUCCUCUUUCUUAUCUUUCCUGCUGCUUUCGGGUUCUUUGCAUGGGUAUUCAUAGGCCCAUACUCCCCCAUCUACGCUAUACUAAAUGCCUUUUGGUGUAUCUGUUUUGUAGAAUACUGGAAGAAGCAGCAGAAGAACCUCGCUAUGCAAUGGGAAGUCAAUGGUAUAUCAAGAGUUCAUCAGCAGCGAACAGAAUUCAAGCAUGAAAGUGUACUCAACGAUCCUAUUACCGGUGAAAAUAUUAAUGUUUACUCUCCUAUAAAGCGCCUUUUUAGACAGUUAUUGCAAAUUCCAUUUGUAAUCGCUGCUACUGUUACCUUGGGAAGCAUGAUUGCCUUUGGCUUCGCUAUCGAAAUUUUCCUAUCGGAAAUUUACAACGGGCCUUUUAAGGGAUAUUUGGUAAACAUCAUUAUCAAACUCAUACUUGCUGUCGUCAUGCCAACCUUAUCGGCGUUAUUAAAAAGGUUUGCGUCGAAGUUGACAGAUCUUGAGAAUUACGAAACGCUAGAGACUCACGAAUCAUCCAUGAUAUACAAGGAUUUCAUACUAAAUUUUAUAACAUCAUACCUCCCGAUAUUUCUCACGGCUUUUGUUUACGUUCCAUUCGCACAAAGCUUGGCUCCUCGCUUGGAUGUAUUUCGCCCCGCCGUGAGAUAUUUCAUCAGGCAAGAUGAAGAUAUGGUCUCACUAAAAAGUGAAUUUAAAAUAGAUCCAGAUCGUCUAAAAAAGCAGAUAAUCUACUUCACUGUCACUGCUCAGGUUGUUGAUUUUGCAUUCGAGGUGAUUGUUCCUUAUCUCAAGCGAAAGAUAUUUUCCAAAGUCAAAGAAGUGCAAGCAGAAAAGCUUUCGAAAUCUUCCUCCAGGCAUAGUUUAAUACCUGACCAGCCUCAUGAAUCGGAGUUUUUGGCUCGUGUAAGAAACGAAGCUAAUUUAGAUCCUUAUGAUGUGACGACAGACUUUAGAGAGAUGAUCGUUCAGUUUGGCUACCUAUCCCUCUUCUCUGUCAUCUGGCCUAUUACUGCAAUGUCGUUCUUAAUCAACAACUGGAUCGAAAUUCGUGGUGAUGCCCUGAAAAUGACGCAGGAGACCCAGAGCCCCAUGCCCUGGCAAGCAGAUUCGAUAGGACCAUGGCUAGAUUCAUUAGUGUUUCUAGCUUGGCUUGGUAGUCUAGUUUCUCCGGCUUUAAUCUAUCUCUUCAGUGGAGAAGGACUAAGUAUCGAGGAUUCCUCAUGGUACAGUAAGGGCUGUAUAUUUCUACUGACAAUAUUUGCCUCGGAACACAUUUACUUAGCCGUUCAGUUUGGUAUCCGGAAGGCCCUUAGGAAAACCGACAAUCAAAGACUACAAGAGGAGAAAUCCCAAAAAUUCAUAAUGCGCAAGAAUUAUUUGAUCGAGAUGCUAGGAGCACAAACAACAGAAAAAGCCUUAGUUUAUAAAUAUAGUCCUCAUGAGACUAAAAUUCUCAAUUUCAAAGAAAGUCAUAAAGAUAUCCCCAAAGAAAAAAUGACAUCAGAGGAAAAGUUUUGGCAGCUUGAUCUCGCAGAAACUAUCGAAGUUGUCAAGACAUAUAUUAAUAAGGUAUUGCUUGUUGAAUUAUUAGUCUCAUGA